AUGCCGCAAGGAAAGCAGGCGAGCACCCUGGAGGAGCUCUCGGAACGGAUCAUUUACUCGGACAGAUACUCUGACGACAAUUUUGAAUACCGUCAUGUGAUUCUGCCUAAGCAGAUGCUCAAACUUAUCCCUAAAUCAUACUUUGCACCGGAUGAUUCUGGAUUACUGCGGAUCUUGGAAGAAAAUGAAUGGAGAGGCAUAGGUAUAACUCAAUCUCUAGGAUGGGAGCAUUUUGAAGUACACGCACCAGAGCCUCAUAUCCUCCUGUUUCGCCGCGCAUUGCCCGCCAAGAAGAAGUGA